AUGGAAGGUGAAAAGAAAAAUACCGAACCAGCGUCCGGUGCCGCGACCGACGAUGUGGAUUACGUACCGGAAAACCCGUCCCAAACUGCUCAGAAGGAAUUGCUGCGAAUGAGGGAAGAAUUCAACCAACAGCGGGCCCGAAUGAAGGAGCUGUACCUUGCCAAAGAAAAUGAGUGCAAACGACUUGCAGCCGAAUCGGCUAACGCACGGAAAGAGCUCGAGGAAGCUAAAGCACAGCUGAUGAUAAUGGAGUACAGCAGGGAAAAGGAUGCGGAAGAGCAGCGCAACCAGGUGGAGGAUGAAAACCGCACCCUAAAGCAGCUGGUAAAUGAAACGCUCGACGAAUCGUCCCUGAUGCGCGAAUCGGUACAGCAGCUGAAGGAUGAAAAUGGCCGGCUUGCGGAGGAGAUACGGCAGCUAAAGGAAGAGCUUGCGGAUAGUAACCAGGUGUCACCGAGCCUUGCAAAAACCGUGCAGCAGGCGAAGAAAAUAAUACUCAAGCUCGGUGCAGCCGAUUCUAGCAGCUGCGACAACCUGGAAGAUUCAAUGCGGAAGGUAAAGAAAUAUGCACAGGAAGAUGCGGAAGUGUUACGUUCGCUGGUAGUACCGCUGGAAGAGGAGAUCAAAUCACUGAAAGAAAAGCUAAGGCUUGCGUACGAAGAAAUCGAAACCUUUACUACGGUCCGCGACCAGCACCGGGAUGGAACGCAGGCGUCGGCUUUGAUCGGUAUGCUGAAUGGACCGGCUGGUCCGGUGCAGGAACCUCCCAUGGUCGAACCGAAACCUCCCCAGCCCUGUGAACAGUGUGCCACCUACGAAGCGAACCUGGCACGUCAGCAGGAGGACGAAAAGAAGCGUACGAUUGCGUGGGAAAAAAGCUUGGAGCGCUUGAAAGAGCAAGUAACGAAGGAGGCGGCCCUGCGUGCCGAUCUCGAGGUGCAAUGGCACAGGAAGCGCGAGGAGCAUAAGAACGAGGUGCAGAAGCUUACCGAAUGGUCCACCGAUACAGAGCAAGCGCUCGAAAAGCUGCGACGCGACUACAGCCAGCUAAAGCUAGCACUGCGGGACGAAAUGCAAAAGUUAACCCAGGAACGCGAACACAUUUGCUACAAACUGAACAGCCUGCAGCAGGAUAACGAUUUCCUGUCCGGCAAAUAUAUUGCCAGCUCGGACGCACUGAAAGACCAAGAGAUAAACUUUCCGCAAAGCAUUGAGGAGCUGCAGGAGCUCGUACUGACGCUGCAUGAAAAUUUAAUUGUCACCAAAGCCGGCUGUGAAUUUGCGGAACGGAAAGCACGUAGCAUGCAGGACGAGGUGGCACUCCUACAGGAGCAGCAGCGAUGCCGUGACCGGGAAGUUAAAAAAGCUGAGCAACAUUUCAUUCAAAAGCAGCACGCACUGAUGGAGCAACUGCGCAAACAGGAGCACGACUUUAACCUGCUCGUCAGCGUCCGGGAGGAGCUGGAGCGGACUGACGUGGAGCAGCAGAAGCAAAACUCGGAUCUGCGGAUGCAGAUCAUCGAGCUGCAGGCGUGCAACGAACGGCUCGACCGGCAGAACAAUGAUUUACGGAGUAAGAUGAUGGUACUGCAGGAAGAUUUGGCGAACAACGAGGCAGUGCAGAAGGAUUUCGUCAAGCUGUCGCAAUCGCUGCAGAUGCAGCUAGAGAAGAUCCGUUCGGCGGACACGCAGGUACGCUGGCAGGACGACGACGAUGUGGAUCAGUGUCCGAACUGUAAAAAAGAGUUUACCGUAACGCGUCGCAAACAACACUGUCGGCACUGUGGCACCAUCUACUGUCAGCCAUGCUUAUCGAAAUCGGUCCCAUCUGGACCGAAUCGAAAACCGGCUCGGGUGUGCGACGUUUGCCAUACGCUGUUGGUGCAAGAUACGGCACCAUACUUUAGUCGGGAACCACCACAGUCACCUUAAGACGGCUCGUAGG